AUAAAACCUGGAUCGAGUGCCUGCUCGAGCCAUGGAGGGGCCGGGAAAUAGAAACAUGGACAUUAGGGUUCGCGCCUUAGUAGAGGACAUCCAUUCGAGCCGCACUCAGGCCGUACUUUUCCUCGCAGGUGGAGCUUCGCAGGCAUUAGGUUGGCUUAUGUCCGUGCCUGGAGCUUCUAAUACAAUCCUCGAAGUCCUCAUCCCUUACUCCAAGGCUUCCAUGAUUCAGUUGCUCGGCAAGAUCCCUUUGCAAUAUACCAGCCAAGAAACUGUGGAGGAAAUGGCAAUUUUAGCAUACAAUCGUGCCCUAAAACUUUCUAGACCAGGUUUGGUGGUUGUAGGUGUUGGCUUUACCGGGACUUUGGCUAGUGCACGCCCAAAAUUUGGGGAUCAUAGUUGCCUUGAAUGGUUUUCCAGAUUCUACCUGUCAACACGAACUUGUGAACGGCUUUGGACGUCUUCAGUUACUUUGAUUAAGGGAAUUCGAACACGGGAAGAAGAGGACAAAAUUUCAAGCCAAUUCUUACUAAAGGCAAUUGCAGAUGCUUGCAAAGCCUCUCAAACCAUCACUACAGAUCUACAUGAAUCUGAGGUGCCUACUGAAUCUGAAGUACAAUUUGACGAGGAGCAGGAACUGCAACAAAUUAUUGAUGGGAAAGUGUGCAUGAAAAUUUAUGAUUUUGGUUCUGAUAAAAAUGCAACUUCUGAGAGGAAGAUCAUUUUAUCAGGUUCAUUUAACCCCUUACAUGAUGGACAUCUAAGACUAAUUGAUAUUGCAUCAAGUAUUUGUGAAGGCGCUCCUUACUUUGAGAUAUCUGCGAUUAAUGCCGACAAACCACCAUUGGAAGUAGUUGAAAUCAAACGACGUGUUGAACAAUUCAAGAAGACAGGGAAAGCUGUGAUAAUUUCAAACCAGCCAUACUUCUACAAGAAAGCCGAGCUUUUCCCUGGAUCUGCAUUUGUUAUAGGUGCAGACACCGCAAUAAGAUUGAUAAAUCCUAAAUAUUACGGAGAUUAUCAAAGGAUGCUGGAGAUACUCCUUGGAUGCAAAAGUUCGGGCUGUUUAUUUCUCGUUGGUGGCCGAAUGGUUGAUGGCGUUUUCAAGGCUCUUGAAGAUUUAGAUGUGCCAGAUGAACUGAAGGACAUGUUUAUAUCCAUACCACAGGAGAGAUUUCGUAUGGAUAUUUCAUCAACAGAGAUCCGGAAAAACAGGUGCCUCUGAGUAGCUCCAAAAUAUUCUAGUACUAUUUGGUGGAAUCAUCGUGGAAUUUCAGGCUGCUCUCAUUAUUUGUUUAGUCCCUAUAUAACCAUGUUUAAUGUGAAAAUUUUACGUUUAAAAUCAUUUACAGCCAUAUAUGCUAUAGAAGAAUUAUGCAAAGCGAUUUUGUUUCUUCCAUGCUGUGAUUCUAAUUCUGACCGAAUUGUUUUAUUAUUUUUAAUUCGCAUUGUAAAUCUGUAUUUUUAUUUU